UGUAUAUUUAGUGACUGUAUUAUUUUCUUUUUUUGUUGUUUUAUACACCAGCCUGUGUUUCUCUCUAUUCUUUUCUAAAUAAUUAAACAACACUCACUUAAUCUAGAAAAUAGACUUAGUUAAUUAAUCAAUUAUAUUCAAAUUUAACCAUGGAGUUAAGAGUAGGAAAUAAAUACAGGCUUGGCCGUAAAAUUGGAUCAGGCUCUUUUGGUGAUAUUUAUCUCGGUACCAAUAUAGCAACUGGAGAAGAAGUUGCUAUCAAAUUAGAAUGCCUUAAGACAAAGCAUCCCCAGCUACAUAUUGAAAGUAAAAUAUAUCGGAUGAUGUAUGGAGGAGUCGGAAUACCAUCUAUCAAAUGGUGUGGCUCAGAAGGUGAUUAUAAUGUCAUGGUUAUGGAAUUAUUAGGUCCAAGUUUAGAAGAUUUGUUCAACUUUUGUAAUCGAAAAUUUAGUUUAAAGACUGUACUACUGCUCGCGGAUCAAUUGAUCCAUAGAAUAGAAUUUAUCCAUGCUAAAAGUUUUAUUCACAGAGAUAUCAAGCCUGAUAACUUCCUCAUGGGCCUCGGGAAGAAGGGAAAUCUUGUAUAUAUUAUCGACUUUGGCCUUGCCAAGAAAUAUCGCGACAGUAGAUCCCUUCAACACAUCCCUUACCGUGAAAAUAAAAAUCUGACUGGAACUGCCCGUUAUGCUAGUAUCAAUACACAUUUAGGAAUUGAACAAAGUCGACGGGAUGAUCUUGAAUCUCUUGGUUAUGUCCUUAUGUAUUUUAAUAGGGGUAGCCUUCCCUGGCAAGGCUUAAGAGCGGCCACCAAACGCCAAAAGUAUGAGCGAAUAAGUGAGAAAAAGUUAACUACACCCGUUGAAGAGCUCUGUCGAGGAUUCCCGUCCGAGUUUGCUACAUACCUAAACUACUGCAGAAAUCUCAAAUUUGAAGAUAAGCCAGAUUAUUCCUAUCUAAGGCAACUGUUAAGGCAAUUGUUUCAUAGACAAGGAUUCACUUACGAUUACAUCUUUGAUUGGAAUCUGCUUAAAUUUGGUAAAAAUCGUCCUCAAAAUGUUAAAGAAGAACAAGGUGAACCUGGCAUCGUCACUGGCGGUGUUGAUGUUGAGGGUGGAGGAGGUGGCGAUGGUACAGCCGGAAGUAAUGUUGGCGUUGGAGUGGGUGGUAUUCGAGGUAGGUUCGAUUUCAAUGGUAGGCCUCCUUGCGAAGGUGUUCGAGGUGAUUUUAAUGCUAAGGGUACUGUUGAUGGUGCUCGAGGUAACUUCAAUCCUAGGGUCGAAAAUCUUCGAGGUGACUUUAAUGGUAGGGGCCCUGUUGAUGGUGCCCGAGGCAACUUCGGUCCAAGGGGUGACUUUAACGCUAAGGGCACAGGUGAAGGUGUAAUUGGAACUAGUAAUCCUGAAAUUGAUCGUCGCCUAUCAUCAUUACAACAACCUAUUCUCCAUGAUCCUGAAAAUAGAAAUAUACCACUUGACCUUCGACCCAUCCCAAUGGUUUACAAUUCUAGAGGAUUCGAUGCCGGUCCAUUACCAAUACCCAGCGGAAGCAACUCAUCAGUACCAACAUUCAUUCCUCCUUCAAAUGGCUCUGGGAUGAUAGGAGCAUCAGCAGGUGAAAUGGGGGCAACUGCACCUCUCACCAAAAGGAAUUUGCGUACAAGACAGAAGAAUAUUUGAUUUCUAUCGAUUGACGGAAUUAUGACGAUUAACUGUUAGGAAUUGGUAAAGUUUUCUGGUAACCCUGAUGCGAGAGAAAAAAGAGGAAAACAAUUUAAUGAAGAUGAAGAUUAACAAUUAACAAAGAAUCAAAUUAACCACCAACAAUCAUCAACUCAACACAAAAAAUCACAAACAAUUAAACAAUUAAACAAUUCUAACCUCAAAAGUUCAGCCUAACAUCUGAUUGUAAAUAAUAUGAAAACAAAGAGACAAAGACAACGAAAGUAACGAUGAUAACAACUGAUGAUGAUAACGAACAGGAAAAGGUUGACCUGACCUCAUAAUUGACACAGGAAAAUGUCCAUAUAAAAGUGACCAUCAUGAAACACAAGUUAAGAAGAUAUUGAAAACUCACAACAACAACAACAACAAUGGACAAGGAAGGAAAAGGAAACAAAAUGUUGGAAUUGGAAAAUAUUGAGAACGCAAAAUGAUGAGAUGAUUUGAUGAUGAUAAACUUUUGAUGAUAUUUUUAUGCCGAUUGUAAACAAUUUUGGUUAAUUAGGAUGGUUAAUUUCAAUUUGAAUUGUCUGUUAAGUGUAACUCAUGUUGAUCCAGUUUUGACUUUUACAAUAUUCACCCUGAAAAACAUUCAUAAUGACACAGAUAUUCAACAUGUCAACCUUGGAAUCGAGCCAAUUAUAAAUAAAAAUGUAAAUAACAUCGACAAUAACAACAACCAUGGGGUUGCCUUUCGUCAUCAGUAUCAUCAUCAUCAUCAUCAUCUCUAUCGUCAUCAUCUUCAUCUUCAUCGUCUACUCAACAUUUUAUCAUCAACAAAAAAAACUGACAACUUGAAAUACCUUUAGAAAUGACCUUCUUUGUCCUUUUGUUAUUGUUGACAUGAAAUAACCACAUCAACAACAAACUAAUAAUGAUAAUCUGAAUGAACAAAUUAUUUCAAGGUCAGCGUUACUUUUACUGUCUUCAUCAUCAGCAUCUUCAUCUUGAUGGAUUACAUCAUCACCAUCAUCAACAAAAUGUUUAUCAUCAAGCAACAAGAAUAAAAGAAACCAAACAAAAGAAAGUAUAUAUAAAGAGUAAGAAAAUAGGGAACCACGAAAAUGUCCAAACCUAAAUUGACCCAAUUUCAACCAGAAAUCACCAAAGUUUCAAAUUUGGUCCAAUUCAUUUCUAUUUCAUCAUCAUCUCCAUCAUCACCCAUAACAAUAUCAUUCACCGGGAAAACAAAAAUAUGAACACACAACCAACAUUCAACCAAGGAAACAUCAAUUAAAAAAUGAGGAUCAACAAUCAAUUGAUGAACAAACUACAAUUCAAUAUCUCAAUUAAUUAUUACAACAAAAAAGAAUCAAUUUUUCUGUUAAUUAAUUGUUACAACAAGUGACUCUCUUUUCAAAUUGAUUGUAAUUUAGUUUUUUUUUCUCUCUCUCUCCUCACUUGUUAUCAACAAUUAAUCAACAACAAUUAGUUUUGUAGGACAAAACUGUUCAUGAACAAAAAUCCUUUUUUUUCUGAUUGUUGUUACCUCAGUAUCCUUGUUGUUGAUUAUUAACCUUGUCCUAGAAAACAAAACAAAUUGAAUUAAUUAAUCAACUUGAAUAUGAAAACAAUUAAUAUCUCGAGCCAAAAUGCAACCAAAUCAAUUCUUGCUGUAAUUAAAUUUCAAUUUGUAAUAAUUUGAUACAAUGUAAUAAUAAUAAUUUCAAUCUAUUGUA